AUGCAUACCGUCACUUGUUAUUACCGAUUUGACAUUCUUAUUCUGCUUACUUAUCAGUUGAAUCAUUUUUUCUCUGUCCAACAACUGUUUCCAAUCUUUCUCAAUCACACACCAAAAACGGCUUGUCAAGGUAAUCGAUGUUAUUAUGUACCAAAAAACAAAUGCAUGGAAUGUCCAGAUUGUCCAGAUCUUUGCGCUAACGCUACAACACCGUCCGCCAAGGCCGCAUGUGUAAGCGAAUACUCUCAUGCCUAUUACAAGUCAGCCGCUAUGGAAUUCGGUAUCUACUGUAAGCCCGGAUGGAAAGAUAUUCGUCCUGCAUUCGCUCAGUAUUUCGGCGUUCUGAUCGGAAACAUAAUUUUGGGAUGGGUUGCGGAUAAGAUCGGUCGCCGAAAAACUUAUCUUGUAUCGCUUUUCAUUGGUAUUCCUGCAUUGGCACUAUCUGGAACUAUGGUCGUCGGUUGGGCGUACUUUUCCGAGCUUGUGUCACCGCAUCAAAGGUUUAAGCUGAGGACGUUCAGUAACUGGGCAAACGGCCGUAUUUUGUUGACCUUAGUGUGUUUGUUUGCUGGUGAAUGGCGUCUAUCCUCCUAUUUAUCGGCAGUGAUCGCCUGUAUUAAGCUUUGCAUUAUACUCUUUAUACUACCGGAAAGCCAUAUUUGGCUUCGAAAGAAGGGUCGUUUUGCUGAAAGUGAGGAGAGCCGCAAACGUAUCGCAUACAUCUCAGGCAUGAAGUUCGAACCCAUGCCUCCACCUGUGAAUAAAGGUGAAGUCAUGGAACCGGAGAAGGCGAUGAGUAUCGUCGGUGUAUUCCGAGAGCCUCAUUUGAGAAGGAAUCUACUUGUGCUAUGGGUGAUGUGGUUCGUAACUGGAAUGACCGCCUAUCUUACCGAUCUCUGUGGUGGUGACAUGACAAAAAACUUCUGGAUUGGUCAGUUUCUGUCUGGUAUUCUGCUUUCGGUCGUCAGGGUGAUAAUCGGAUUUGCUGAUGGAGUCCUACCUUGGAUGGGGCGUCGCUUUGUACUGCUUGUCUCUCAAGGAUUGGCCGUUGUGUUCUUUGGUUGCGUUAUUGCAUUUUUGUUCAUGGGGCAGAAGGGCGAGUGGUACUAUACCAUGGUAUAUCUGGCAGCUUUCGUCUUUACGUCAAUUGUCUGGGAGCCGUGCUAUCUUUGUGCAUCAGAGCUGAUGCCAACCGAUGUCCGAGCCACAAGCACUGCUUCAUGUUCCAUUGUCGGGCGUAUUGCUAACAUUGGCGCUUCUAUGCUGAGCGGUCUCAAGACGGUCUACGAACCAGGAGUGCAUAUGAUUUCAAUGGUUUGCGGCACGGCUAAUGUUCUUGUCGCCUUCUUAUGGCUCCAGGAAACCAAAAACUGCAGCUUGGACAGCGCUGGAAAGAAGAGUGUGGAACCCGAACCGAAAGCUGAUGCAAAAGAAAUGGAGACGCUUCUUCCAAAAGCGGACAACGCUGUUGACGAUGGUUCAACGUCAAAAGAUGAAAACGAGGCAAAACACUAA